CUUCUAGUUCUUCAUUGGCCCACAAGUUCUCAUUUAUAGCAACUUACACACAAUAAGCCUCCUUCACAACCCGUUCAUUUGACCUUUAUUUCAUCAUUUUAUCACCAUGAACAGGUGCACUGGUGCAACCAUGAUGGGUCCAUGUUCAUGUGGUCUCUACCAUUAUAAUCAACCAACUUCAUUUUCCAACAUGUUCCCAAUGUCUUAUGAUUAUGAGCAAGAAAUGUGUUCUUAUGGUUCUUCCCCUUCUUCGGUCGAUUGCACUUUGUCUUUGGGCACACCUUCCACUCGCUUGUCAAAUGACUAUGAAAAAACGCACCAUGAAAAGCGUCGUGGGUCUAGUUGGUGGAACAUUUUGCAACCUUCGAGUCACUCGGCUGCACCAUCCGCUCAUAAAGCCAAUCAUGGCGGCGGUGGAAAUGGUUCUUCUGCCAACUCUGAUAGUCUCUUUUCUCGGCGAUGCGCUAAUUGUGACACCACUUCUACUCCGCUUUGGAGGAAUGGACCUCGCGGCCCUAAGUCAUUGUGCAAUGCAUGCGGAAUCAGAUACAAGAAAGAGGAGAGGCGGGCGAACGCAGCCGCGGCUGCGACACAUGCAACCGGAGGCAGCGAUGCUACGGAUGGAUACCACCACCAAUACAUGAUGAACGGUAGCCAAUGGGUUAAUCAUGAUUACACACAGUCCACCCAUAAAAUGUCAUCAUGCUACUCUCCUGCAGCUUCAAAUGAAUUUAGGUUCAUGGAUGACGUGGACGACAGAGAUUCGACGUUUCUUUCAUGGCGACUCAACGUCACUGAUAGACCAGGCCUCGUUCAUGACUUCACCAGAUGAAAAAUACAAGGUUUACAUGUGAGAUAUUUUGCCGUUCAAAAAAAAAAAGAAUUAUGACGUGGCGUGUCGUGUAGUCUCACCCAUGAUGACGUGGAAAUGUGGGGUCGACCUUUUUCUUGUUCAAAUUCUUUACGUUAGGAAGACGAUGUGUUUAGAUGUAGAUCUUGUUUUUUUUUUUUUUUUUUUUUUUUUUUUAUUCUUAAGCUUU